AGCUGUGCUGUGAAACUUUACUGUGUCUCUCUCACACACACGAGUUUGCCACAUUCUUGGUGGUAGUGUUAUUCAGAGCCUCCAUAGUGAUACGAAGAGUGCACAAUCGAACAUUUGUGAAAAAUUGUGAUAUCUGGUUGCAGGGGUGUCUGUGGAUAUGCACCGAUCAGGGAGUGUGGACAAGCAGUUGCGCGAUCUCAUAGCUGAGAAUGGAGAGCUGAAGAAAUUCCAUGAACAGAUGAGGAGGGAGUUGCGGAGCAUUCUAUGCAGGCAUGAUCUUGCAAAUAGCCGUGUCUCUGUGGAGGACUCUGUCGUGGUUGGUAAGCGGGCUGGGGCCGGGCGUGCAAGGUCAUCCCGUAUGGUCGAUCAAGGUUUCCCUGGAAGCCUUAAGAAGCAGUGGACCAGCUUGAAGCAGCUGUUUGAAUCUCUGGAAGUUCAAGCGUCACAGGCGAAUGUGAACCAUGUGAUUAGUGUGACGGAUCAUGAGAAGGAACUGACCAGCAUGAGGAAGGAAAUGGAGGAACUUCGGGAAGAAUUGGAGAAGAGCAGAGAACUGAUCAGUCAACAGCAGGAACUAUUGCAGGAGCAGAUGUUGCCCAAGCCUGGCGAGGGUCAGGUCUCCCCUUUGUGGGAUGCUUAUUUCCUGGAGGAGCAGCUAAGGCUACAGCAGGACAGAGCGAUCUUUGAGGAUCAGAAACGGGCCUUUCAGGAUGAGCGAGAGAAGUUCACAGAGGCUGCAAUUCGCCUGGGACGAGAGCGUCUCCAGUUUAAGGCCGACCAGGCACUCUUUGUGAAGCAGCAAUUCCUGACUAUGACACCAGGGCUGGAAACUCCAUCAUGGAAAAAGACCCCACCCUGGUCUUCAGCAGCUCCUGGUACACCCAGGGCAACUUCUCAGAUCUUUAAGAACUUCACCCCCAACUGGUCCCGUGUCAGCAACUCCCGGCGCAAAAGGGGUGACCCUGUCACACCCUCCACUGCAGAGCUCUACAGAGUACUGAGACUGGCUCCUCCCAGCAGGUCUGUAUUGAUGUCCCAAAGACGCGAACGAAGAUAUCGGAAGAGUGAUUCUGAUGCAGAUGAGUCCAGGAGUGACAGCUUGUCCUCAAUGAGUGAAUCACCAGGGCCACGCAUCCGACCCCCAUCAGCAAAGCCGGUCAAAUUCAGCAUGACUCCCUACCUUUGCCCUAGACCAACCCCUUUGUCUGUGCCACGUCAUCAUGUGGACCCAGACACGCCCGGCUCCGAGGAUCUUUACCGGGUUUUGGGCAUAGCCUCUACUGGCAGGGCAUCAUCCAAACACAGAAGGCGUGAGAUGAAGAACUCUCUGCGAGAGCAACUCUACGAGGGAACACCAUCUGUAUUUUGCCAAGAGAAUUCCAAGACCGUUAUGAUGGCAUGUGAGAGAACCAGAACUAGUUGUGAGACAGAUUCUCUGUAUUCGGAGGAUUCACCUCAAUUUGAAAGGGUAUCCUCCCCCAGGGAUGACUACAAAGCAGUACCAACACAUGCUCAGUGUAAAGCAUCACAAGUUCGAACCCCAAAGUAUUCUGAAGAACAUCACCAAUGUGAUGAAGAUACCACACAUUACAGUGGUAUCCCACAGUUGUACAUGACUGAUCACCGAGACGGUGUCCAUUUUUGGCUGGGUAACGAGAAUUCACAUGGAGCAAUUGAAAUCUGUAGAAAUCAUUCCAGAGAUACUUUUCAUCCAGGAGAGGGCUACAUGGAAGGUCUUCAUCUGCAACAUAGAGAGGAGUUAAAGGAGAACAUUCCUCCAGAAAUUGACUUCACUGCCCAGGAAAACGAGCUGCAUUACCAUAAACAUGGCGAUAGAAGCAGCUCAAGGAAGAAUCGCCAGCCUAGAUCUAGCCGCACAAGUCGGUCACGAGAAACUCUGAAUCAAGAACACAUUUCUAGGAGCAGGUCAAGGGACACCCAACCUUGUAGAGAUUGUCGCUCUGAGUACAGACGUCUAUCUUGUCAUGACAAAAACUCCUUGUCCUUCUCGAGCCAUAAACGGGCUGCCCAACACUUAAGACGCUCGUGUCCUUCCAAUCGUGACCGUGGAUGUUGUUCUAAAACUUUUACUACACCCCACCUGCGUGGAGACCUGCUGGACCAGUUUGUGGACUGCUCUAUGUAACCAUUGGUUAAUCUUGUGAAAGAUGUACUAUAUUUAAAGCAUACAGACCACAUGUUAACACACACAAUUUAUUCAUUAAUUUUUAAUCCUAGCCCUCCAAUAGCUGGGUUCUGGUCUAUAUAAGUAUUGUCCACUGAAUUAGAUCACUUUAGCGCUUUCCUUUACAUGCACAUUGCUGUGUUUUUCUUUUUCCCCUGAGGAUAUUAAUGUUUUGUAAUGAAUACAUAUUGCACCAUAUUUAUUUCUGCACUUGCAUCCUGUAGUAUCACAUGACUA